CGGGGCGUGCGUGUGUGUCUGUGCGUGUCUGCGCGCCUGUAACCUCGGUAUCACUCGGGUCACCCAGUUGCGUGUGGAUCCAGCAUCUCCCCGCGCCGGCGGGGAUGGCGUUUCCAUCCGUGGCCGGUCCCCCCUGAGGUCCCGGGAAGAGCACCAAAAAGAAAUGAAUGUCAGAGAGGAUUUGUUUAAUCAUUUAACAGCUGACACAAGCCAUGUCCCUAACAAAACGGUGGUGAAAGAGUAGAAGAGCAGCUCCGGUACCGUGAAGCCGUUUCGGCAGGUCAGGGGCAGCGUUUGCUGAAGGAUGCGGUAGCCCAGGAGUCGGGGCUGGCCGGGACGAGGUCGAUGGCUUGCAUGGAGCUUCUCUACCUGGCCGAGGAGAGCAGGCAGGCGCCCCUGGGCACUGCGGCCGGCUGGAGCCUGCCCUCCCCUCCCUACGAGCAGCAGCAGCAGCAGCGUGAGGGGGGUGAGGUGGACCCCAGAGCAGCGGCUGCCGUGGCAGCCCUGCGCUGCGAAAGGCAUUGCAAGCCCUUGCAGAGGGGCCCUGUGGCUGAGCCCUCCCCAGCACCCCAGCCUUCCCUCCGGGGCACCUCGCCCCAGGAGCACCCUGCGCCCCCCGGCAUCUCCCAGCCCUGCCAGCCGCCUGAGCGCUUGCCCGGGGAAGAGGAUGGAGGGAAAAAGAAAGCCUGCUGCUGUGCCCAGGAGCUGGAGACGUCAUUCACCUACGUGGAUGAAAAUGUGAACCUGGAGCAUGCAAGAAGUGCCCCCAGUCCUACAGGCGACCACUGCCAGGAUGCCCCUCCACAGCAGCGUUCCUGCAGGGAGCUGCCACCCGAGUGGGUGCAUGAUUCUCCUUCCCUGGUCUCCGAGGAGGACGACACUGCCUCGGAGGUGGCAGCAGGGAAAUCCGUGGACUACGGAUUCAUUAGUGCCAUUUUGUUUCUGGUUAGUGGCAUUUUGCUGGUGAUCAUUUCCUAUGUGGUACCCAGAGACGUGACUGUGGACCCCAACACGGUGGCUGCCCGGGAGAUGGAGAGGCUGGAGAACGAGAGCGCGAGGAUCGGGGCUCACUUGGACCGCUGUGUUAUUGCCGGGCUGUGUCUCUUAACCCUGGGGGGCGUGGUGCUCUCCAGCCUGCUGAUGAUGUCCAUGUGGAAAGGGGAGCUGUACCGGAGGAGCAGGUUUGCAUCCUCCAAGGAGUCUGCGAAGCUCUAUGGGUCUUUCAAUUUCAGAAUGAAGUCUGGUGCAAAUGAUAAUAUGCUCGAGCUGUCGUUAGUUGAGGAAGAUGUGCUUGCCAUAGAUAAUUAGUGUGGUCAUGAUUUUUAAGGCAGCAUUUCUACAGGAAAAUGUUUCAUUAAAGAAAACAGAUGCGGCUAAAGAUAGCUGGUGAUGCAGUUUAUUUGUCUGACAAGAACAUUUUUUUCUUAAACUCUAUAAUCGAAUGUUUGCAGUAUAUGAGCACUUGUUGUAAAGGGGAAACGUGCCAGAGAAAAUGCAACUGAUAUAAAAUAAUGAAAACCACUGAAUAAAAAGAGAUUUGUGAUAAGUAGGUUCCUCAGAUACUCCUUUAUCCUAAUAUAAAACAUUCCAUUGGUGUCUUGCCUAUAUAAUUUUUUUAUUACUCCCAUAUAGUACAGGAAUGACCUUGACACUUUGGAAGCUGUUAAUUAUUGCAGCCUGCAGGAUUAUUAACAGUCUACUUGGUAGACUGUUAAGAAGCAGGACCAAUAAUCAAAUAGCAGGGCUAAUAUUUAAUUAAGAGAGAUGCUUUUUUAUCCUUUAAUUUUAAGCUGAUCCCUUCUCUUCUAUUGAGUGAGAGCUAAGGGAAAAAAGAACACCACUUGGUCAUGACUUGCCACAAACCUCCCAUAUUUUCAAACAAUUGUACAAUUAGUGAUCAUUAUUUAAAACAUAAAAUUAGAGGCAAAGAGCAGGGAACCAUAUGGCUCAUGGUGUUGGUAGGAGACAAAAGGCUCUUUCAGUUUGAGGUUAAUGGCUCCGUUUCAGUUCAGAUUAGCAAUGAUUGAUAGUCAUUAACUUCUGAUAGCUAUAGUGACCCAUAUAAAAGAAGUUUAGUUCCUGGUGGACAGAUGUCUUUGUAUGAAAACUGCCAUAACUUGAAUUAAGUGACCUCUUGUUUGGAGUCUCAAAAGACCCAAAGAGUGAAAAAGCGUGGGGAUGCUGAGACUGAUCACUUCUCCUUCAGUACAGAUGCCAGAAGAAAUUCAAGCUCAGCUGCAGGGCUUUGCUUAUACUGGGUCUGUCUGCAUCUUCCUGGUCCUUUUGAAACUUCAGUUUUAUGUCACGAGGCUGUCAGCCUUCUCACAACCAGCAAGGAAAGGUCAGGAAGGAGCUUUUUGGGGCUCAUUCAAUAAAAAACAAUUUUUGUAAAAAGUAAAUUGUCAGGAAAAACAAAGGCUAAAUAUCAGGUAGUUUACUGGCUAACAUGGGACUUACUUAACGUAGGGGAUGAUCAAGGGUACAUGUUAUUAAUUACAGUUCUGUGGCACAGUAGCCAAAAACCUGUACCACUGAUGCUAUUUAUUAUCAGCCAGUUUCUGUGGAACAUUAAAGUUGUGUGCUUGCAGUGCUGAGAAAACCAACAGAGACUGUUGUAUGCACCACUGUCAGUUCUUACUGAACAGUGGUUUAUAUAUAUAUAUAUAUAUCUCCUGUUAACAUAUAUAUGUAUGUUAAUAUAUAUAUAUGUCUACCUGCCAAAGCCAAACAUGAGUGAGUGAAGAGCUCUGUCUGUACAGCCUCUGGCUGCAGAGUCUUUGUAGAAACAUGUGAUUCACUGUCACAGCCUUGUCAGUCGUGAGCCAAGUCUCAAAUAUCAGGAAUAUCAAAUAUUUUUUAAAUGAUACUUUUUUUCCCACUGUGACAUACCUGAGAAGAAUUAUCUUGGGAAGGGGGGAGGAGAUCUCCUUUAUGCCCCCUUCACCCAAGAGUAUGUGGCAGCACAAGGUUCAGAGUAACAAGUGGCAGGUGAAAACGUGGCAUCCUCACAUGGAGAGACUGAAUGCCAUUUUGUCCCCUGGUUCCUUAUUCCCUCUUCUCUAGCUGUUCAUGUCAGGAGACACAUGCAGCACCUGUGUCUGGCACUCACCUAGUUCAGUCCCUCCUGCUUGCCGGCCACGGGCGCGUGGGUGCGUGGGUGCCUUCGACCGAGGGCCUGCGGAGCUGCACUGCUCCAGGCUCAUGCCUUUGGUCACUGUAAAUAGCGUGAUGUGGUACCCAGGCUUUAACGUUGGCCCUGCAAAAGAGAUGCUGCUUUAGAUGUUAUCUGCUCUAACCGCCGCUUUAGUUCAGUGUUAUUUGGUAAUUAAAGGAGCAGCCUUAUUAGGCGGUGCUGCUGCCUAGUAGAUGAUUUUGCCAGUUUAUGUCAUGGUCCAGAGCGUGUUGCGGGCAGGAACUCAACAGUGGCCAGCAUUUCCGCAGUCGUCUUUGGAGAGCUUACAUCCCUCUGGAUGUGUCAUCAGGGAUUCGGGAUGGAAUUUCUAGGGUAAAUAAAUGGAAUAGCUUCCAGAUGUGAGGAGAAGCCUUCAGCCUGUUGUGAUCGGUGAGAGUGAGGAAGGAAAUAGCCUGAGAAGCAGGACACAGAGGAGGAAGGCUCCUCCUUACAUGGCCGUUGCCUGCUGGUGGGUACGAGGGCCUGCCACCAGCUUGAGGUGGGGCAGUGGAGACAGCGCUGCCUCCUGUCCUGCCCUGAGGACAGCAAGGGGCUGGCCAUGGCCUCCAGAGGUCCAGGGAAGCCCGUGACAAUUGAGAGGGCAAACGGUGCUGAGCUGGGGCCAGCAAGAUGGCGUGGGGCAAGGGAUGGAUGUUGUGGGGGAUGAAAACCCUUUCACCAGCCUGGGCCCCUAACAGGAAUGGCUGUACUCACCUACGCAGCAGAAGCUCUAAAACUGAGGCUGGUGGUUUUGAGAGACAUUAUUUUUAUUUUUUAAUGAUACAUAUGCAUAGAAUUGGAGUACAUUCCAUUAUUGCAGAAAGAUGACAGCUAAUGCUGUAAGGAUCACAGAUUUCUUGUAGGAACCGUGGCAUGCCUUAAUGCUGAUUAUUAGCGCUAGAAAAGGGAACGCUCCCCCGACUGUCAGUAUGUUAUUAUCAAGUGGGAAGUUUUCUGACACUUUGUAAAAUGCCUGUCAUAGAUCAUGAGCCUGCAAUACUUAAAUGAACCCUCAGAUUUUCCCUGGGCAUUUUAAGGAAACGUAAGUCAACCUAAUAAUCUAAAUAUACACUGCAGAAGUGUGAGGAGUAAGAAAAUUUAAGUAACAGGACUAACACCAUUUCUUUGUUUUGGUGUUACUGUCCGCUACAAAAGAGGCGAAGGAAUGCCUUCAGAGUGCAGGAGUUUAGCAGAUGAAAACUCUCAGGACAUUUCUCUGAUCACCCAACAAGUUACGUUUACAAGCUACAGGACUGUGUGGGUUGGUGGUGCGAUAUAAUAUCUCUGGACUCUCAGGUUCUGGUGCUGUGUGGUACAACUGAGACCAAAACACCUGCUGUCUGGUGGAAAAUGAAUGUAUUAGCCCGCUGCCCGAUGAACGAGCCAUCACAUCGUUCACCUCGCACGAGGCGGUACCAAAGGCUGAGGCCAAGGGAAAUUAUUGCCCUCUCAUGCACCCUCGCAAUUUUAUUUCCCCUGCUCAAAAUUUAAAUGCUUUAAGGGUAGAAGUGUGAGAAAAAAUCGUGUGUUUUUUUUUUUCGUUGCCUGGGCUAAAGUUGUCACAUGGAUUGUUGGAGAGCUUUCUUCUUUGGGGAUGUAAAUUUUGGGGUGUACCAGGUGGGUUUUCAGUGCCCUCUGGAGCACCUCGGAAACGUAUUGGGAUCCGUGCCGCCAGUCAGUUUAUUUCUGACCGACCCUAACUUCGAAACAUGACACUUUCCCGUUUUCUACCUCAUGACGUGUCCUGGCCUCGGCCUUCCCGCCGGAGGGACCCGGAGGCCUGCAGCCAUGCUGUGGUGAGGCUCCCUGGCGGCGACCUCCCCGCUGUUCAAACAGCUCCCCGGUGACCGGUUUUCUCAGUUUAUUUUUCUUGGUUAGGCAUUUUUUUGGCCGAGGCUGUCCGUUUGGGAACUGCCCAGUGCCUGCUGGGGACUCUCACCGAAGAGGCGUCCCCUCGCCAUGAGGUGCUGGCCCUGGCAUGGCUGCCAGGCGCAGCUGGCCUCGCCUCCUCAUGGUCAGCCUGCCGCCGGCCCCGCCACAGGGAUGCCUGAGACUUCUCUCCUAUGAAGCUACGCUGGGUUGUUGCUGGUUUUGAUAUGUUUACAGUUUUUUAAUCUUUGUAAUUCUUUUAAAAACCUGUCUGUAAUGAAUAUAAAGUUUACCAACUGGGAAAGCAACCGAUUUAAUCUUGUAAAACUCCUUUUUGACCCACGACAGGGCAAAAUGUCACAGUCCAUCAUGAGCUUUUCAACCGUGCAUUUGAUGCCUUAUUAUAAUAGCAAUGGCGUUGUGUACAGAUUGAAAAAUAAAAGCCUGUGAAGCUGAGAGCAGUUGUCAUGGUCCUCUUUGAUCCCCACUGGGCAGCCGGUGGCAGUGCUGGGCUCUUCCCCUCUGUCCCAUGGGCACAGCCCCUCAUCCUCGGCCAGGGAGCCAUGUC